CCCCGCUGCCCGCACGCCAGCAAGAUGGCGGCGCCCAGCGAGCCGGCGGGCUUCCCUCGCGGCAGUCGCUUCUCCUUCCUGCCGGGCGGCGCGCGCUCCGAGAUGACCGACGACCUGGUGACUGACGCGCGGGGCCGCGGCGCAAGGCAUAGAGACGACACCACCCCUGCCGCGGCCCCGGCGCCGCAAGGUUUGGAGCACGGGAAGCGACCGUGCCGGGCCUGCGUGGACUUCAAGUCGUGGAUGCGGACCCAGCAGAAGCGGGACAUCAAGUUUAGGGAGGACUGUCCACAGGAUCGGGAAGAAUUGGGUCGCCACACCUGGGCUUUCCUCCAUACGCUGGCCGCCUAUUACCCGGACAGGCCCACGCCAGAACAACAACAGGAUAUGGCCCAGUUCAUACAUAUAUUUUCCAAGUUUUACCCCUGCGAGGAAUGUGCGGAAGACAUAAGGAAGAGGAUAGGCAGGAACCAGCCAGACACAAGCACUCGAGUAUCCUUCAGCCAGUGGCUGUGCCGCCUGCACAAUGAGGUGAAUCGGAAGCUGGGCAAGCCUGAUUUUGACUGCUCGAGAGUAGAUGAGCGUUGGCGUGACGGCUGGAAGGACGGCUCCUGUGACUAGAAGAUUACCAGCAGUUCGUGAGGGGCAUCUAGCCUGGUUCUAUGGGCAACAGCCUGAUUGACGAUUAAAGUGCAUCUGAGCCAACACUUGUUUCUGUAGUUGAUUUCUGGAUGUAUUCAAGAGUUUAGCGUACUGACUCUCUAAUCUGUGCAACUUAUCUGUGUAAGAGAGUUUCAGAGGCGCUGUCAUCUGAAUCUCACUAAUUUUAGCUUCCUUAAGGCUGGAUUCAAAUUCUUCAAUGGCUCGGUGAACAUUUUUAUGGUUUUCUAAAUGGCUUUCAACACUUGGCAAAUCUGAGCCCCAUUCAGUGCGGUCCAGCUGCACCUGCAUCUCAUCAACCCAGUUCAAGAGAUCUUGAACAAAUUUCAUAUUGACUUCCUCUUCUGUCAAGUUCUGAUCCAGCAAAGACGACUUGAGAAGGGGCUUUCGGAUCUGCAUUAGCUUCAGAGUCUGUAAUGAAUUUGGCUCUACCCCUAAACUGAAGUUUGGAGCUACAACUGAAGGGAACCCAGGUGCAUACACCGGAGUAACUGAUGGCGUCAGGCGGGAAGUCAUCCCGGACGACAAGCCAGAAGUCACGCUAGAAGACGUCAAGGAAGGGGUUAAACUCUGGGUUAGCCCUGAGUUCAGGCUGGGGUGUAAGGUUUGUGCAAAUCCUGAGUUUAAGCUUUGAACACUGCCUCUGGGAACCCUGCCACAGGAUUAAGAAAUGGAGGUGCCUACUACAGACACUUGGGUGGCCUCCUCAGCGAAAGCCCCAUGAGACUGAAGGUGAGAGGCAGGAGUGGUCCAGGUGCCUCGUACCCUUCAUUUGGGACAUAGUUGCCCCAAAGGAAGAUGGGCUAGAUGAUUGCCUUACUACUACACAGCCCUGGCUGCCUACAAGAACUGUGAUCCUGGCAACUCUGCCAUUUCAGAAUUGAAGCAGGGUUCCCCAGCUCCAGCAGGGUUUUUCUCUUAGGGUGUACCAACCAUGGUGCCCACUGUCAGCCUGGCACAUGGUCUUCUGCAGCUAUGACAAGCAUGUCAGCAGAGGGUCCUGGGAACAGCUUCCUUAGCGUUUGAGGCCAAAAUAAACUGAAGUGACUUA